GAAAACAAACCUACUUUCUGCCUACAUACUCGUACAUUGUGCAUAGUAAAAAAUAGUAUAAAAAGAGCCUUCUAUUGUUGUACUGCAGACGUGCUUUGUGGUGGUUUCGCAAUAGCCAUGGACCGUGCUGGUAAGAUUGCAUCUUUGACUGUCUUGAUGAAAGUAGUAUCAUGUUCCAUAGUUGGUUUAACUUACAUGGAUCCCCUCAAUUUGGUUCCAUCUACACCUCAGAGGGGCGAAGAUCCUUGCAAGCCACUUUACUGGUACCCUAGACGAAUUCCUGAUUACUGCUACGCUCCAAAACCUGAUGCCGCACCGCCACCGGCGAAGCCUAUACCUGAACCGCAACCAGACCCAAUGCCAUUGCCUUUGCCCCCGAUACCGCUGCCUCCACCGCUAAUGCCGCUGCCUAUGCCGAUGCCGUUGCCUCCACCGCCAAUGCCGCUACCUAUGCCAAUGCCGAUGUAUUUACCAAUGCCGGCGCCUCUACCAUUCCCUCUACCGAUGCCAGGACUGCCUCUUCCGGCGUACGCUGCACCCGCACCUAUGCCCUUGGGGUCUCCUGCAUACCCACCGAAUUUACUGCCAGGACCAGCAAUACCCGCGAUUCAAAGAGGCUUAGUUCCAGGCGUGGAGGGUCUAGUAUCUCCUGACGGAGCAAUAAACAUUCUGCCGUUCUCGGACGCGUAUUCAGAGCUACUGGAGAAACACAAACAGAAAAUGAUAAGAAGGAGGCUGCAAAAACUACUCGACGAAUACGAAUACCAUCCGAAGAAGAAAAAUCACCGAAAUCGUGGCUGGAUAGAUUAUUAAUAACACCGGUAAGUUAAAUUGAGAUGCUUCCAUAAAAACAAGUAUAUAAUAAUUAAACAUUUAUUACAAGUA